AUGGUUCUUUCGAUAGAAGAAAUCAAAUCUUUUACUAAACAAAUUAUUUCAACAAAGGAAAAAACCUAUUACAAUAAUAUUGUUAAAUUAGUUAAUGAAUUAAUAAUCCCCUCUACCAACGAUCAAGUCCCGCAACUAGUGGACGAUUUAGAAAACGAAAAAAGAUUAAGGUUCUUAACUGUUUCAUUGUUUCAAAUUUUUAAAAAAUUGUUUCAAAGAAAUGAAUUGGUGCUAUUGAAAAAAAAUCUAAGCACUCAAAACCAAAAUGAACCCUUGAUUAAAUUUAUUAAUUGGUGUAGAAAUAUGUACAACGUUUUUAAACUAAAAUUACUGGCCAUCAUUUCCGACCUUCGUAUUGAAACCUCAUGGGCUUUAGAUGCAUUGGAUCUUUAUUUGCAACUAAUUGAAUUGGAAUCAGAACAUUUUGCUAAAGGUCCAUUCUUUCCAAAUAAAACUUUACAAAAUUUGAUGAUAUCUCUCUGGAAAUCAGAUGUUGACGACCAUGAGUUGGAUCCAAUAACUGGCCAAUCCCAGAACUUCAUUCUUUUGGAAUUUAUCAAUAAAUACUAUAAGCCUUAUGCUGAUAUUCAAUAUUAUACACAAUCUGAAUUAAAUAAACUAUUCGAUACCUUCACUGAAACAGCCGAUGGUUCUAAUAAUACUGAUGGUAACAAUAGCAUGUCUGAACCUCAACUUUCUAGAAAAAAUAACAUUGCAAAAUGGUUGACUUUAAUGAAUCAUGACCAACAUUGUUGUGGUGGUUUAAAUACAGAUAACGAGAACAAAUUCGAAUUUGAAGUGUUUGUAUCGGAACCACCAAACUGUGUCAAUAACGUAUCACAAUUUAAAUCACUAGUAGAAAAAAAUUGGUUGUUUCAAUUAAAUCAAGAACUAUCUUUCAAUCAAUAUAAGAGUAUCUUAUUGAUACUUCAUAGAAGAGUUAUUCCAUUAUUGCAUACUCCAACAAAGCUAAUGGACUUCUUAACAGAUUCCUACAAUCUUUCACAAGUAUCACCAAAUGAUAAAUCUGUUGGCGUAAUCCCAAUUUUGGCACUUAACGGUCUUUUCCAAUUAAUGCAGCAUUCAAAUCUAGAGUAUCCAAAUUUCUAUUCAAAGCUGUAUCAACUACUGACACCUGAUUUAAUGCAUGUUAAAUAUAGACCAAGAUUUUUCAGAUUAAUGGAAUUGUUUUUAUCUUCUACACAUCUUUCUGUUCAUUUGGUAGCUUCCUUUAUUAAAAAAUUGGCAAGGCUUUCUUUAAAUGCACCACCUGCUGCUGUGGUUACUAUUAUCCCAUUUAUUUAUAACCUUUUAAAAAAACAUCCUAAUUGUAUGAUCAUGAUUCACAAUCCAAAGUAUAUUUCGUCUCCAUUUCUAACAGACGAAGAAAGGUUAGAAUUAAAGCAGAAUAUCGAUUCAUAUAAGGACCCAUUCGAUAUAAACUCUACUGAUCCAGAAAAUACAAAUGCAUUUGAAUCGUCAUUGUGGGAAUUGGCUACUUUAAUGGACCAUUAUCAUCCAAAUGUAGCUACAUUGGCUAAGAUAUUUAAACAACCAUUCAGAAAGUUACACUAUAAUAUGGAGGAUUUUUUGGAUUGGAGCUAUGAUUCGUUAGUUAAUGCAGAAUUAUCAAGAAAUUUGAAGAUUUUACCUACAUUAGAAUUUGAGACAUUUGAUCAAAUAUUGAAUGAACAUGAAUUUGGAACAACCACCGAUUCUACUACUACAUAUCUAAAAAACAUUGCAUGGUAA